AUGGAGACAAGAGAGGUACCAUCUGCUCAUUUUCUGAUCAAGAUAGAAUCCUUCUCCUCGUUCGACAAGUAUAAAAUUAACAAAUAUGAAACAAGUGAAUUUGUGGCUGGAGAAUACAAGUGGAAGUUAAUAUUAAAUUUUAAUGGAAAGGAUAGUGAUUAUAUAUCUGUAAACUUGGCUAUGACGGACACAAGCUCUCUGCCUACAAAUUGGGAAGUCAAUGUUGUCUUCAACAUCUUUCUCUUUAAUCAGAUUUUUGGCCAUUACCUUUAUUCGCCAGGAGUAACAAGACGUUUCCGAACAAUGAAAUUUGAAUGGGGCCUUUCAAAAUUUAUUUCGAAGGAAAUUCUGUCUGAUCCUUCAAACGGAUACCUAGUUAAUGAUACGUGUGUGUUUGGUGCUGAGGUUUUCGUUAUCGAAAGACAAGCGGCCGUUGAAUGCUUAUCUUUGGAUAAUGUCGAUACUCGUUACAAGCAUGAUUUGAAGAUUUCAGAUUUCUCCAAAUUAGAAGAAACAUGGAAUUCUGCAUAUUUUAUUGCUGGAGGCCAGAAAUGGAGUUGUUGCAUACGAAUUGUCGACUGGUGGACGGGGCUUGCUCAAUCGGAUAGCUUACGACUCGGUUUAGACAACAAGCUUGAACGCCUUCUUCCUAAAAUAUGUUUGCAUUAUCAGAUGGCUAUUUGUGUGAAAUUUGAGUUGAUUUCGAUUGUGCUCGAAAGGUGGUGA